GGAAACUUGGUGCACAUUCUGUGACGCGGUUCUGAUCGUUUGUGGUUGUGUGCAGGUGCGACCGUGCUUCGUCCCAUUCAGGAAAACAUCUUUUUAACUACAACGUGGAGCCGUUGUGGGGUAGUCGUUGCUGCAGUCAGCCGCUUUAGGUAUCGGCCCUGGUUAGUUUGGCAUAAACCACCAUGUGGAUCGAAGGAUUACUCGCUCUCUGUUUACUACUACGAGUUACCAAAGCGCAGGUAGACUUUCAACAACUUACAGGUUGCCAACAAUUAAGAUAUAUAUCCCAACAGCAAGCACAAAUUUUGGGCGCAGUAGAAAAUUCUUUCAUACCAGUUUGUACAGAAGAUGGACAAUUUGAACAAAUUCAAUGUAAUAAUGCAACUGGUAUAUGCUGGUGUGUAGACCAGCAGGGAUUUGAAGUAGCUGGAACACGUUCUAACUCUUUUAAUCUAGUCAAUUGUAACGGUUGCCAACAAUUAAGAUAUAUAUCCCAACAGCAAGCACAAAUUUUGGGCGCAGUAGAAAAUUCUUUCAUACCAGUUUGUACAGAAGAUGGACAAUUUGAACAAAUUCAAUGUAAUAAUGCAACUGGUAUAUGCUGGUGUGUAGACCAGCAGGGAUUUGAAGUAGCUGGAACACGUUCUAACUCUUUUAAUCUAGUCAAUUGUAACGAGAAACCAGGAACUUGUCCUGCAAUUUCCUUGCUUGAUGAUGAAUGUACUUCAACUUGUAAUUUAGACAUGGAAUGCAGUGGAGUUCAAAAAUGCUGUUUUACUGAAAAUUGUGGAAAAAUAUGUUUGGAACCAGCAAAUAUAACAUAUAUUGCAUUAAAUAAGAAACCAGGAACUUGUCCUGCAAUUUCCUUGCUUGAUGAUGAAUGUACUUCAACUUGUAAUUUAGACAUGGAAUGCAGUGGAGUUCAAAAAUGCUGUUUUACUGAAAAUUGUGGAAAAAUAUGUUUGGAACCAGCAAAUAUAACAUGUAGCAAACAAGCAAGGAGUUUAGAUCAUUUAUGCCCUGUUGGCUUGCCAUUAAUGGUACCUGAUAAUAAAAAACCAUUUAUUUGUGGAAUAGAACCCAAUAAACCUCAGUGUCCAGUUAAUUAUUUUUGUGAAGUUUUACCAAAGAACGACUAUGGAGUAUGUUGUCCUCUUCUUGUGUGUUUACAGAAACAACAAUUUGUACAAUCAUUGUUGAAACAAAAUCCUACAAAUGAAAUUUACAUUCCACAAUGUUCAGAAACAGGAGAAUUUAUUCCCAAACAAUGUAAUAAUGAUGGACGAUUAUGUUGGUGUGUUGACAGAAAUGGAACACACAUUCAAAGUACAAUGGGACCAUCAGAAAUUGUGAACUGUGAAGAUUUUAUAAAAGAUGAAGAGGAUAACUGUAAUAAAACUUGUGAGAUUGAAUGUGAUACAGGAUUCAAAUAUGAUAUGAAAGGAUGUAAAAUAUGUGAAUGUUCUGAUCCUUGUGAGAAAAUCACUUGUCCAGAAGGUUCUGUAUGUAUAUUAAUGAAAGAAGAACCUUGUUUUUCAAAUUCUUGUCCUCCAGUUCCUACUUGUCAUAAAAAACAAAUGUAUAAUUGUAGUGAUGGCAUACCCUUAACAAGUAAUAUCACUGGGAAACUUAUUAAUUGUAGUGAUGAAAAUUGUCCAUCAACACAUGAAUGUGAAAUUUUAAAUGAAGAAAAUUUUGGUUUAUGUUGUCCCAAAACAACAGAUAUUGAUAUAGCAACAUCAGAUAUUUGUCCAGAGUUUGCUGAUGAUGUAACAUUAUGUGAAAAUAAUACAUGUAUUAAUGAUUUUGAUUGCCCUGAUAAUGCAAAAUGUUGUCCAUCACAAUUAUGUGGAAAUAGAAUAUGUAUACAUUUUAAACCUUCAAGGCUUCCCACAAUGUGCGAGUAUUUAAGAGAUAUGGGUACUAAACUUGAAGAAGAAAAAAUUGGUCCUGGUGUAUUGGCAAUUCCAAUCCCAGACUGUAGACCUGAUGGUACGUAUGAAUCUAUUCAGUGUGAUCGAAGUGGACAAUGUUGGUGUGUUGACGAUUUUGGAGUGGAAAUAAUGAAUACAAGAGCAGUAUCUAGGAGUAAUGUUGAUUGCAAUCAAGCUCGAAGUCAGCGUCCAUGCUUAGGUCUUGUCUGCAGACUAGGAUGUGACUAUGGAUUUGUUCUUGAUGAUAAAGGAUGUCCACUUUGUGAAUGUAGAAAUCCAUGCAAGAAUGUAAAAUGUCCAGAAAAUAACAUUUGUCAGUUUUAUGAAGUAAAGUGUGCUUCAAAUUGGUGUCCACCUUUACCUCAAUGUGUUCCUUAUGAAAAAGCAAGACCAACAUUUCCAGAAUGCCCUGUGGGUAGUCCUAUGGUUUAUGAAGACACAAAUCUACCUGUUAUCUGUGAUCCUAAAUCUAAUUAUCAGUUGUGUCCUCUUGAUCAUAUCUGUACAAUUAAUCAACCUAAUGAAGCAGGUGUUUGUUGUCCAAAUGCAGGUAUGAGUUUUUGUUUUAUCAUAGCUCGAAGUCAGCGUCCAUGCUUAGGUCUUGUCUGCAGACUAGGAUGUGACUAUGGAUUUGUUCUUGAUGAUAAAGGAUGUCCACUUUGUGAAUGUAGAAAUCCAUGCAAGAAUGUAAAAUGUCCAGAAAAUAACAUUUGUCAGUUUUAUGAAGUAAAGUGUGCUUCAAAUUGGUGUCCACCUUUACCUCAAUGUGUUCCUUAUGAAAAAGCAAGACCAACAUUUCCAGAAUGCCCUGUGGGUAGUCCUAUGGUUUAUGAAGACACAAAUCUACCUGUUAUCUGUGAUCCUAAAUCUAAUUAUCAGUUGUGUCCUCUUGAUCAUAUCUGUACAAUUAAUCAACCUAAUGAAGCAGGUGUUUGUUGUCCAAAUGCAGAAUUAGGAACAAAUUUUUUGAAUAGUUCUGAUGAUAUUUUAUCAUCUGAUACAAAAAGUUCUCCAACUGAACUGACCAAAUUGGGUGCAUGCCCUAACAUUCAAUCAUGGGAAAGUGAAAUUUGUUCAGAUGAAUGUAAAACAGAUAAGGAUUGUACUGGUCCUCAGAAAUGUUGCAAAAAUGCUUGUGGAGCUUAUAUUUGCAGAGAUCCAGUUGGAAUGACAGGAAAACCAGGACAAUGCCCCUAUCUUGUACCAGUAAAUUCAGAAUCAUGUGAUUAUGAAUGUUCUUCUGAUUAUGACUGUGAUGAUACACAAAAAUGUUGUUCAAAUGGUUGUGGUACUCAGUGUCUUUAUCCUAUUACAUUAACUGCCUGUCAGCAUCAAAGAGCAGUAGCUGAACACCGCAGUCGAGAACUAGGAAUUCCUGCAUCACGCAUGUAUUUACCUUUAUGUACUAAAGAUGGAAACUUUGAACCUAUUCAGUGCCAUCCAAUUAGUCAUAUCUGUUGGUGUGUUGAUGAAAAUGGUGUAGAAAUUGCAGGAAGCAGGACAUUACCUGGAGGAACUGCCAAUUGUUCUUCUGCAGGAAUUUGUGAACCAAUUGACUGUGAUUUACAAUGCCCAAAUGGCUUAUAUCUUGAUGAGCAUGGCUGUCCCAUUUGUAUCUGUCGUGACCCAUGUCAGUUUUUUUUAAUUUCAGGUCUUCCAAAUCUUGAAAAUCCAUGUCCUUUUGGAGAACCAUUACAUAAUAUCAAUUCCAGUAGUCUUUUUCAAUGUGGUCCUCUGGGUGGACAAUGUCCUUCAUCACAUAAGUGCCAUCUUAGUCCUCUUGGAGAAUAUGCUGUUUGUUGUCCAAAGCCAAGAGAUGUUUGCUAUCAAAAACUUGAUCCUGGACAUUGUAAAGCAUCUCUUCCUCGUUGGUAUUUUGAUCAAAAGGACAAAAUAUGUAAAAAGUUUUAUUAUGGUGGAUGUGGUGGUAGCUUGAAUAAUUUUGCUUCUAGAGAACAUUGUGAAAAUACUUGUGCAGUUAUAUCAUCAUGUGAACAUACUUGGGAACAUAAUUACAAAUUACUAAAGAACAGUGAAAAUGUGAUCUUUAUUCCUAAGUAUAUUACAACAUUAUUAAAUGAAUAUGUAAUGUUAGAAAAGCAGUUCAGAAUUAAGAGAAAGNAUGAAAGAAAUUUACCAAAUAAAUUAAAGAAUUCUCCAUAUUCUACAAUUAAUCUUGCUAUUCAUAGUCUAAAUCUUCACUUAAGAGCUGCUUUGAAAAGAAUAUUUUUUGCAAAUGUAGAAGAAUUAGCAAAUUUGAUAGAGCAUUUAGAUGCACAAAGAAAGGAGGAAAUGAAUGAUGAUAAUCAGUGUGUUAUAAAGGAAUUAAGUGACUUUGUAAGAAUUAGUUUAAAUGAAGUCUUAGUACCUUAUGAAAUUCUGAAGAAGAGGAAAAGAAAGACACAACAAACAAUUUUAGAUUUUUUUAUAAUGUUUUAUGAAAGAGAUGUUUGCUAUCAAAAACUUGAUCCUGGACAUUGUAAAGCAUCUCUUCCUCGUUGGUAUUUUGAUCAAAAGGACAAAAUAUGUAAAAAGUUUUAUUAUGGUGGAUGUGGUGGUAGCUUGAAUAAUUUUGCUUCUAGAGAACAUUGUGAAAAUACUUGUGCAGUUAUAUCAUCAUGUGAACAUACUUGGGAACAUAAUUACAAAUUACUAAAGAACAGUGAAAAUGUGAUCUUUAUUCCUAAAUGUAACAAAAAAACUGGAGAAUGGGAACCAUUACAAUGCAUGGAAGAUGUGGGAAUCUGUUGGUGUGUAAAUGAAUAUGGUCAACAACUUCCUGGAACAAGUGUAAGAGGUGUUCCUUACUGCACACAACAUUAUGUUCAUGUAAAAACUAAAUGUAACAAAAAAACUGGAGAAUGGGAACCAUUACAAUGCAUGGAAGAUGUGGGAAUCUGUUGGUGUGUAAAUGAAUAUGGUCAACAACUUCCUGGAACAAGUGUAAGAGGUGUUCCUUACUGCACACAACGAUCUGGAAGAGAAUUUAAUGAUGAUAUACCAUAUUAUGUUCAUGUAAAAACUAAAUGUAACAAAAAAACUGGAGAAUGGGAACCAUUACAAUGCAUGGAAGAUGUGGGAAUCUGUUGGUGUGUAAAUGAAUAUGGUCAACAACUUCCUGGAACAAGUGUAAGAGGUGUUCCUUACUGCACACAACGAUCUGGAAGAGAAUUUAAUGAUGAUAUACCAUUGUUAAAGACAAUACUACACUGCAUGAGAGAAGCAUCACAGAGGGUCAUGUAUGGAUUAAGUGCUUGUUUCACUGAAAUGCAAGAAGUAUUGAAUAGUAAUGCAUGGGCAAAUCAUCAUAUUCCUCCUGAUCAUAUUGAUCAUCUUUUACCAUCGUCUGAAUAUUCUCAAUUUUCUCCUCCACCUGCAUAUCCGCCCCCACCACCACCACCAAUAUCAAUGAUGGGAAGAAGUUUAGAGAGCUUUAUAAUUGAAAAUGAAAAUCAUAUUCCAGAAGGUGAAGAAACAUAUCCUGAACAAGAAGAUGAAGAUUUGCAAAUGUCUUCAUCUCAUGUUACCAUUGUUGUCUCUCCUCGUAAAGAUGGCCUCACAAUUCGUAUGUCUAGUCAAAUGGGUCCAAAAAUGUUAUCAAAUCUUUUGCAAGAUCAUUUACGUUUCUUCCAUUCAUUUGGACUUCCCGUUGUGAAACCUGGAUUUUGUUCUUCUCCAUCUUUGCUUUCAGUUCUUCGAAGUAUGAGUCAGAUAUGUAGAGAUAGAUGUUUCUAUGAUUCUGAUUGUCCAAGAAAUAAAAAAUGUUGCCUAAGUAAAUGUGGAAUGGGAUGUGUUGAUCCGUAUUUGGCUAAACACGAUGUUGAACCAAAAGUAGGUAGUUGUCCAGUUUCAUCUCAACCUUCACAUCGUAUGACAUUAGCCUGUUUAUUUGCACAAGAUGAGUGUCUUCAAGAUGAUGACUGCUCUGGAAAUUAUAAAUGUUGCACAACUGAAUGUGGAAAUCAAUGUGUUGAGCCAAUAAUUCCACAUAUAAAGUCAUCCAAAAUGACUGUUACAUUACCUAUAUGUUCUCCUGAAGGAGGUUUUGCUAUCACACAACAUCAAGAAGAUUUGUCUUGGUGUGUUGACAAAUAUGGAAAUCCUUUGCAUGAAACACUAACAAGAGGUGAUGUGAAGUGCACUACAGAUGGUCAAAUAAUAAAAAGAAGAUCUGUUGGUCCAAUUUGUCCUGAUGCAAACCAAAUUCCACAUGUAUGUAAAAAUGAAUGUAUGAAAGCAACUUGUACAGCACAUCCAGAUGCAAUUUGUAUAGCAGAUCCCUGUAAUGAAUGUUCUGUUAUUUUUGUAAAUGCUGAUGGAGAAAAAGUCAACUGUGAAGCCAAAUGCAGUCAACCUCUACUUGUUGGAACUUGUCAAAAUUCUCUUGUACGAUAUUUCUUUAAUCAAAGUAGCCAGUUGUGUGAGCAGUUUAUUUACAGUGGUUGUCAAGGAAAUGACAAUAAUUUUAAGUCAUUUGAAGAGUGUCAAACAGAAUGUGAAAAGCCAGUGCCAGUUUGUGAGCAACCAAAAGACCUAGGAAUGUGUCGAGCUCAAAUUGCUCGUUGGUACUAUAAUAAGGAAACUUUCCAAUGUGAACAAUUUGAUUAUGGUGGAUGCGGAGGAAAUGAUAACAAUUUUGAAACCAAACAAGAAUGUGAAUCCAAAUGUCCUGAUUUAAUAUUAUGUCCUCAAAUCAAACCAUCUGGACAGGUAUUAGAACCAUGCAGUAAAUCAAAAGCCUGUGCCAAUGAAGUUUGUCCAGGUAAUCCAAAUGCCAUAUGUAGUGUUGAUCCAUGCACAUGUUCAGUAAAAUUUGUAGAUCUAGAUGGUCAUCCAGUAUCAUGUGUCAUUCAACCAACACCAAUGCCAUCUGAAUUAAUUACACCAAUGAUACCACAAUAUACUCGGUGUGAAGGCUUUUUGCAAAGAGCAUUGUUACAUUGGACAGAGAAAGUAUAUACACCUCAAUGUACUGAAGACGGAAAUUUUGUUCCUACACAAUGUGCUCCUACUAGUAAUUUUGAACAAGAAUGCUGGUGUGUGGAUGAAUCUGGAUCACAACUUCCCAAUGGCAUUACUUUUCCAAUAGGAAAAGGAAAAUGUGAAUUUGUAAAAGUGAAAAAAGUGAAAGUAUCCUUGGUCUUCACUCACAACUAUACAAUUCCAAAUGACAAAUUUGAAUCCUUGAUCAAAAGUUUAAUAAGUCAACUGCUUAAUGAUCUCUCAGCAGUGGUUUACAAUGAUGUUGUUGAUGUUUACAUUAGACCAAAUGAUGCAAAAGUUCAGUUUGUAUUAGUAGGGGAUAAUAAUGUCCAAGUUGCUUUCCAAUUAGAAGAAAUGGUAAGACAAGGUAUGAAAAUCAGCCAGCCUCCAGACAUAGAUGUUCCAGCUAAUUUUGGACAAUCAACUUUCUAUUAUAUCAUCGAUCCUAUAAAAUCUUCUUCUCAAAGAGAGGAUGUUUUAGAUAAUGGCAUCACUGCUCAUCAUGUUUCUUAUAAAAAGAGUGAAACCGAAACUGAAACUCUCAUUAUCAUUGCUAUCAUAUCAACAGUUGUUUUCUUAAUUGUAUUAGCAAUUCUGAUAGCAAUUGCUUUAUCAAGAAAAGAUAAAGAUGAAAAACCUAAACAAUCUAUAAUCAAUCAAGCGUUUUUCAAUAUGAUUUAUGCUCUAACUGGCAAAAAACAAGAAAGUAAAGUUAAUGAUGAAAAGAAAGAAGUGCAAUUAGCCAUACAGACAAUAGAAGCACAGUAUGAGAGCAUAAAACAAAAAGAAAAAGAAGCAGAAGCCAAUUGUCCAUCAGAAACUUCAACAUUUUACACAAAUGUUAACGAAACUGAACAAGAAAAAGAAAAAUGCUAAUCACAAGAUAUUUAAAACAUUUAUGAACUAACAAAUAUUUAAUAAAAAAAAAUAAAUAAAUAUUUGAUCAAAGAAUAUAUUUUAUAUGUUCAAUUUAACCAAGUUUCUCAAAUAGAUGAAUAUCUCAUGAUAGUUUUACAUUCCACACAAAUCAGAUAUACUGUAUAAAAUAUGCUUCCACACUUUUUAUCUGACUGUUUAAAUGGUCUUUUAAUAAAUUUCUAUGGAGAGGUAAUCAAUUUUUAAAGUGUUUACAAUAAGAUUAUGCCUUUGUUAACUAUUGACAAUGUAUGAUGAUAAAUCGUAAAAGUAUAUAUGUAUAAUUUUGAGAAAAAUGUAGACACCGAAGUACUAUAGUUACAGUAGAUAUCUGUAUUGAUCUAGUUAGAGGUUCUUUUAUGCAAAUUUUGUUUUCACUUGUAAUUUUUAUACAAAUAUUUUCAAUUAAAAUCUUAAAAGUAGAAACUAUAGUUUCUAUCAUCAUAUCAAUAUACAUAUAUAUAUAUAUAUUACAAUU